ACCACAGCAGCUCACCGGAUGUUGAUGGACUCACGUUGCUGUUUCUGAGUUCAACGCGAAUCCUCAUCGAGGUAGUUUGUGAGACAUUUACACAAAACUUGACAUAAGUCCACCAGGAUGUCUGCGUCGUUGGUCAGAAGAGGACUGGAGCUGUUCAACAGUGACGUCAAAGAUGUCGGUAAAGUGAAGAAGAAGAAGAAGCAGCAGCAGCAGACGACUCCCGGCUCCUCCUCCGUGAUGGAGCUGGUGAGCACCAAGCGUCAGGGAGUCACCCGGCAGGUCAAACGUCUGCAGGGCCGCCUGGGACCCGGCAAGAGCAAAGCUACAGUCAAAGACAAGAGGAUCAAGUCCGCAGUGGAGGAGUUCAGGAAGAAGCAGAAGAAGAGCCAGAUGAGCACUAACCUGAAGUACUUCAUGGAAGCCGACUACAAAGCACCAGAGUCUCACACUCUGAAGAUCCUGAGCCACAACUCGGGGAGGCAGUCGAGGAAUCACCCGGAGCCGCCGGCCAAGAAGGCCAAAGAGACGCCAUCUUUGUUCACAGAGAAGGAGUUCCAGCAGUUCCAGAAGGAAUACUUCGGCAGGACUGUCGAGGAGAAGAAAUGAAGCGCACCGAAAAAACCCCCACAAAGAUGCUUCAGCCUCAGUGGAAACUCCCGAAGCUGCUGAUAUUUACUGCUUUACGUCGUUCUGGUGUCUCAAUCAGGAUAUUCCGGUUUGAACUAAAGACUUUUGUUUAUUAUCGAAUUGGAAAUUCAAAGACAUCGUAUAAAUGUUUCAACAUCUAGAAUCACAAGAUGACUGUUAUUGUUAUUCAAGGUGUAACAGAAAUAAAUCUACAUGCACAAAAUGUACGAGUUUAACCCA